CACUCCCGCCAGCUUUUUUUUACCCUUCUUGUUGAUCUUCUCCUCCCUCCCUCUUUUGCUCUGCUUUUCAUGCUGUCUGCUCAAGUAUUCCUCUAAUCUCCUCUAAUCUUUCACUAUUGAUCUUAAAUUGUUGACACUGAAGCUGCAUUAAGACGACACAGAGGGGGAAAAGCAACUUUUCAUCUCUCUCUCUCUCUCUCUCUCUCUCUCUCUCUCUCUCUCUCUCUCUCUCUCUCUCUCUUUCUCUCUUCCUGCCUGGGCUCUUGCCUCAUUCUAUCAUCUUAUCUCGUUGUCCUCCUCCUUACGCCUGCUAGUCCAAGUCCAUCCGCUCUGGAAUUCAGCCGUUUUCAGAAGUUUUCAGCUCGAGCUCAUCACAGAGCUAGAUGACGGUACAGAAAGGAAAAAGAAUGACCAUCUCCAUUCAGGAGCACAUGGCAAUUAACGUUUGCCCCGGGCCCAUUCGACCAAUCAGGCAGAUCUCUUCUUACUUUCCCCGCCUCUCCCCUACAUCCUCGCUUUCUGAUUCGCUGUCGCCAAACCAGGCAGGGUUACCAUCUGCAACAACUCCAGCUGGAGGAGAGGCAGUGGCAGCAGGAGGUGGUCUCCUCUCUCCUCUGUCUCUAGGAGUGGCGGGAGGUGGAAGGACACUGUCUCUGAUGGGUAGUAUGGACACUUCCGUGGAGAUUGACAGCGGUGACAGCGAUGAUAACACAUCUCUAGGUACCCUGGAGUUUGAUCUGCUCUACGAGUCAGCCAGCAGUUCACUGCACUGCACUCUUCUCAGAGCCAAGGGUUUGAAGCCCAUGGACUUCAAUGGUUUGGCUGACCCUUAUGUGAAGCUGCAUCUGCUCCCUGGUGCCUGCAAGGCGAAUAAGCUGAAGACUAAGACUGUAAAGAACACCUUGAAUCCUGUGUGGAACGAGACUCUAACCUACUGCGGCAUUACAGAGGAAGAUAUGAGCAGAAAAACACUCAGGGUGACUGUGUGUGAUGAAGACAAGCUAACACAUAACGAGUUCAUCGGGGAGUUGCGGGUGGCCCUUCGCAGAGUGAAACCUGACCAACCCAAGCACUUCAAUGUGUGUCUGGAACACCCGCCCCCUCUCGCGUCCCCUACUGCUAUGAGCUCCGCACUCAGGGGAAUCUCCUGCUACCUCAGAGAGUGGGAGAGCGAGCAGCAGCGGAGUCUGGAAGAGCGUGGCCGUUUGUUGUUGUGUCUGCAGUUCCUGCCUCCGGCCCCGCUACCCGAGGGCGGAGACGUUGCCCCGGAGGCGAAGGAGCGGGCCAAGGGUGGCCUGUGUGUGGGCGUCCGCCGAUGUGCCCACCUGGCUGCCAUGGACGUUAACGGCUUCUCCGACCCCUACGUCAAAACGUACCUCAAACCAGACUUGAAGAAGAAAUCAAAACACAAGACUGCUGUUAUUAAAAAAACACUGAACCCUGAGUUUAAUGAGGAGUUUUUCUAUGAGAUCACGUUAAAUGAGUUGGCAUCCAAGACCCUAGAGGUCACCGUAUGGGACUAUGAUCUGGGAAAGUCCAACGACUUCAUUGGGGGUGUGUCCAUUGGCUGUCAUUCACAGGGUGAUGCACAGCAGCAUUGGAUAGACUGUUUGAAGAACAAGGGCAUGAAAGUGGAGCGUUGGCACACGUUGACCAAUGAUCUGCCAGGAUCUACAUUCCAGGAGUGAUGACACCAGCGUACUUGGCCAUCUACAGGCCAGCUUUAUUAACUGGCCUGUUUUCUGAUUGGUCAUUAUGUCAGCUAGCAACAGAUGAGCAUGGAUAACUGGCUGGAGCUAUAUAGUAUGAGGUAGAAUUAUCCCCAUAUGGAUGAAUGUCACAUGGCUUGGGGGAACAAUUCUCAUUAUUUUUUAUUUACUCCUCAAAUCUUCAGAAUCUCUGAGAUUUUGACAUCUGGGGCUUUCUUUCUGUUCUGCUCUGCCACCCUAAUUCCUGUUUGCAAUAUUACACAUCUGCCAUGCAAUUAAACCGUGUUUUCAAGGUUAACGGAAAUGUUGUUCUUCUACUACGAAAUCUUGACUCAUUCCAGGAUUUACUGUAGAAUACUGACCAUGUGCAAAGGACUCUUGUUUAAGGGUAUGUUUGAAAACUAAUACAUUUAAAAUAACAUCAUUUUGAUUUCUUCGCAAUAAUCGCUGAAUUUCUGUUGCAAUAAAGCCCCGCCCUCUUUAACAAUGCUUCCUGCAGAUGAAUUAAAAAGUGGUCUUAAAUGUAGACAUACAGAGCGGUUUAACUGUGUGACAAAACUGCCAUUGAACUCGUGACUGCUCAUAUUGUACUUCAGUGUUACUCUGUAUUGAAUAAGACUAAGGAGAUGUCCUCACAAAUGGUCUGUCUGUCUUUGUAUGUAAUAAGACUAAGGAGAUGUCCUCACUAAUGGUCUGUCUGCAUAUGUAUGUAAUAAGACUAAGGAGAUGUCCUCACUAAUGGUCUGUCUGUCUAUGUAGGUAAUAAGACUAAGAAGAUGUCCUCACUACUGGUCUGUCUGUAUAUGUUGUUUGGUAUGCUUGGUGUAAUAGUUAGAGCUGGAUGGACCUGAGCAGAGGGGCCUCCUCAACAGCUCAGCUCCGUCACUUACAAGACAAAUACCCACACUCGCAGCACCGUCACUUACCAGACAAAUACCCACAUGCUCAGCUCCGUUACUUACCAGACAAAUACCCACACUCUUGGCGCUAUCACUUACCAGACAAAUACCCACACGCUCCGCUCCAUCACCUAUCAUGCGAAUACCCACACGCUCAGCUCCAUCACUUACCAGACAAAUACCCACACUAUCAGCUCUGUCACUUAUCAAGCGAAUACCCACACUCUCAGCUCCGUCACUUACCAGACAAAUACCCACACUCUCAGCUCCGUCACUUACCAGACAAAUACCCACACUCUCAGCUCUAUCACUUACCAGACAAAUACCCACGCGCUCCGCUCCAUCACCUAUCAUGUGAAUACCCACACGCUCAGCUCCAUCACUUACCAGACAAAUACCCACACUAUCAGCUCUGUCACUUAUCAAGCGAAUACCCACACUCUCAGCUCCGUCACUUACCAGACAAAUACCCACACCCUCAGCUCCGUCACUUAUAAAGCGAAUACCCACACUCUCAGCUCCGUCACUUACCAGACAAAUACCCACACUCUCAGCUCCGUCACUUAUAAAGCGAAUACCCACACGCUCAGCUCCGUCACUUACCAGACAAAUACCCACAUGCCAUGUGGCAAAGAGCUUUGAGCUUGUUUUUGCAUGUGCAUUUCUAAAAAUGAGUGCAUUUCCCAAUCAUUGUUCAAAGAUAAUAACAUUUUUAUAAAGUUUAUACAUUAAUUAUGAUGGCAACAUUGCCCACAUGAAGCAUUAUUCUUACAGUUCACUGUAAACUCAAGUUCACUUUUUGAAUAAAUGCAUACAGUUCACAAAGCUGCUAACUUUAAAUUCAUAGAGUGCAUCUUUGUUCUUUAGCAAUUCUCAUGUGUUAUGAUUACACCAUAAAUAAUAUACUCCAUAUCAGAUACAUAGUUUGUACAUUUAUAUCUCUAUUUGAUUCUUUAUUUUACUGAUUGCUUGAAUGUUUAUUUUAUAUUAUUUGUCUGUAGAAUUAUUUAUGCUAUCUGUUCUCCAAAGCACUUACCUUUUGUGAAUGGCGCAUGCAUUUACCUAUAAAUCAUCAGGCCUGUUUCAAAACUAAAAUAACAAUGAUACCAUUGCAGCUGCAGUAUUACUUUCAAAGUCUGUGAAAAAUAUACAAUUUGUGCUUUUUUGUGUAGAUGGGUUGUCACAGUGUCACUGGAAUUAUGCGUGUAUACUUCCUUUUCCUUGUCAGACUUGUUCUGUCUUUCUCAGUUCAAAAUGUUUUAAUAAAAAUAAAUGGUUAUUUGC